AUGGGAAAGCUGAUCGUAAGCUUCUCAAAGCUUCCGGCACUGAUAUUGGCAAAAAAAAAUUAUGUUUUCAGACUUAUCGCUCAAGUCUGCAGUUAUGAUCCAUCUUCAGGAUUACUUAUGAUUAGAGAAAUUUCAGAUAAGCCGAACAGUACCGAUACCAAGGAGUGGACGGUUGAUAUUAAUUACGCCUUACAGGAGAUUGAGUGCGACUGUGUCAAUUUUCUUCCCGGCACAGUUGUGAAUAUUGAUGCCGUUUAUAGGGAAAGUGAUAAGCUGCUCAUUGCUAACGAUAUUUACGAACUGAAGCAGCCAGAACUCGUUUUACAGAACAUGGAUACAUUGAAAGAACUAGAGGAUCUUUGA